UGCGGCACACUGCUACAGUAUCUUAUUUGCGCUGAACGUUGAGUAGUGGCUUGCGAGGCAUUGUUGGAUUGAUCCAUCGGUUGUCGAUUUCCCUAGGCACGGUAUUCUGUAUGCCUUCUGCAGCUGUUGAAUACUCGAAAUGACGACACCGUGAGCUGCUGUCAACGCGAGGGGCUCCACCUCCUCUUGAGGAAUGCUUAUCGCCACAAAAUCCACAGCACUGCAACCGAAGGUUCGACUAUGCAUGGCGACUCCUUCCAGGUCAAGGCAAUUUUCGUUCAUUUGUUGAUUAAACGAUGCACUCUUCAAACAACGAAGCUGAUUAGCAAACAUAAGAUACUGACGCUAUUUCCGAGGCCAGCAGUUCCGCCUGAGUGCGGAUCUCCGGAGACCACCUGUGAUGACAUCCGCUGUUGAUCAAGCUCCUGCUCCGUUCAUGUUGUCAGCCGUGUAUUUGCAAAAUGUGGCCGCUCUACGUCCGUCACCCUCCGUCUGUUGCGUUCUAAGAUGGAUAUUUCAACAUUCGCAUCGUGUACUGGACGCCGGUCUAGAAGGAGCUGCAGACGAUCUCAGAUUGCCUUUCACUGCUCUGUCCUUCUAGGGCAUUAAUCGAUUAUACGACCCUUCAGAUAUUCGCCUGCGAAACAUUGCUAGGCUCAUAUAGUGUUCCGAACCCACCUGGUUCAACCACUUGAAUUGGACUUCUGCUCCAUCGUCAGUGGCUCAUACCAAGGCACGGGGUGUGGUUUUAUCCUAUUUUUGUACAAAUAGUCGUACUGCGACACCAGGCCCACUCUAUAUAAACCCGUGGGCCUGACAACCCAUCUUCCCACUUUUUCUGUUCCCACUACUACCGCAGAGGUUUCCUUGCCUUCCAUCCCUUCGUUCCUGAAAACAAUGGAAGUCCCAAAGCCCGCCAUGACGACCUCCAGGCAGCCCGAGGCGGUCCAAAUGAGCAUGAUGGCUCCUGCUCGUGUAUCGCCGCAGCAUGUUGAAGAACCCAAGCGUGGCCUGGCCGCUCGACUUCGGGGAGGAGGAGCUGCUAAGGAUUGCAUCCUCGGCGCUCUUGAGUGCUUCCUUUGCUUUGAAUGUUGCAAGGAUUGCUGCGAAUGUUGUGCCGACAUCAUUUGCUGCCCGUGUGAGAUGUGCUGCUGAAAUACAAGAUGUGCACUGCU